AAAAUUCGGUGCAUCAAUUUUCAGUAAAUUCGGGAAAGAUGUGAGUGAAUUGGAGGAAAAACAGUUGCCAAGAUGAGGGAGAUUCAGUGAAGUCUGGGGUGCCUGGAAAAUUCACAGACAACACCAAAGUCACAUCGCGAGGGUGCAUUGAAGCCCGAAAUGGUCGAACUGACCUUUCGAUGGCUUCCGGCGGCGUGCGGAGGAUUGGGACCAGCACUCCUGCCUCCAGCUCACAUUGCCAUCCUCUACUACUUCUGGCAGAGUUACUCGCGCUACGUGGACAGGAGAUUCUGCUCGUGCUCUUGCUGGGACACUGUCUUCAAAGGAACUUACGAAUCCGGAAUCGCUUCCUACAAGCACUUGUACUUCAAUGCUACUCCAAAUACGCUCAAGAUAUGGAUUCUUACGGUUGUGGCCAUUAUUUCACUCUAUGAAUGCACAAAAUAUCUCACUAAAUUGUUGAUGAAAAGGAGCGUGAGAUGUUCGAUGUUUAUUCUAUUCAUCUCGUCCAUUUUCUCGCAUUACUACGCCUGGUGGGCCUAUGUCAACUAUUACAACGAUGACUUCUACAGUCAGUGGAAUCAUCAGCUCUUCUUUACGCUGACUGAACUUAUCUCUACCACGGCUGUUCUCCACCUGGCCAACACCAAUAAUCUCGUGACAACAAGAAAGGCUCUGUGCAUUGUAGGAAUUGCCCUGCUUCACAUUGCAGCCAGUGGUUUCGAUCAAUUCAUAUCAAAUGUCCUCCGAGGAGAAGGGUAUCCGCAUCAGGUUGUUCGGGAUCUGGGUUUCAUGAUUCCAGAUCUACUGCAUCUGCUCAUUCCGCUGUUUCUGCUGCGGAAGGCCCGGCGGGAGGGCUUCUGCACGAGACCACUGUAUCGAGAUCAUCAGUUCCAGAAGGACAUCAUGGCGAUGUUAUUCAUAGUGGCAACACUUUUUAUUAUUUGUUCCUUCCUGUAGUCCAGGCCUAUCUCAAUUCUCAUCCACAUAUCACUUUUUUCAGUUUCAUUUUUCGCUCCCAGAUCACUUGGGCUCUUUUUUGAGCAACAGAGUUGGAAAGGGUAAAUGCUAAAUGCUGAUUUUUUUUUUAAAUUAAAGACCCAUUCAUUAGAAUUAAUAAAAGGGCAUUUAUAUAGUCAGCGAACUGAAUUUUCUGACAUUUUUCUUAGAAUAAUUAAGAUUAAUUAAAUGCAUAUUAGAGAAACUUAUCAAAUAUUGAUAGAAAUCUUUUUUAAAGAAGAUUUAUUAGAGAACUGAAGAUUUUUACGCAAGUAUUUAUAUUGAAUUUGGGACAGAGUGAGUAUUAAGCUAAUAAAGUUCUUUUAGAACUAAUUUCUAGAUACAUAACCGAUCAGAUAUUUAAAUACAGUUCACGGAUUUUUAAUGAUGCUUUAAUUUAAAAAAAUUAUGCAAAGUAACAGCAAAGUAAUAAAAAAUUAAAAGCCGAUAGUUGAAAAAGGAAACAGUGACCGAAAAAUUGUAUGUGC